AUGAAUUCCCAAGAUCCGAAACAACUGGACAGCAUAUAUCCAUAUAGAGAGGCGAUUUCAAUACCCGAGAAAGGUCAGAUCAGAGUCAGCUCCUGGGCAGCUCGCUUGAGCACUUCAAAGCAGGCGAUUUCCCAGCUCGAGUUUCCAGUCUAUGGGCCUAAAGAAGGGGCAAGGAAAUUCCCCUCCAGUCGUGUGACUGCAAAGAAAGAAGAAAAGGAGAUCGGACAAACCGGCCAGAAAGCGCAUCAAGAAAUAGAGGUACUCAGGGAAACGAAAUGGAAUCCUGUAUUCCCUGAAGUCCUCGGAUUGAGAAACUUAGCUACCAGGGAUGGCAUCAGAGCCACGAGGGUCGAAAACAAGGAAGACCAUUCUUUCGCUAUCAGGUCUUUCGCCAGUUCAGGACUCGGCAAAUCAAAAGAAAAGAAAGGGGUCCGAAACUCCAGCUUUCCACCAUUUAAGAGUCGCUCAGAACUGAUCGAUCUGCGGAUAAACACCCGCUUGAGCAAUUACCCGCUUUGUUUGGGGCUCGGAAGUUCGAAGUUGACCUCAGGUACAAGACAAGGACUGAUUCGACAAGCUAUUUACCAUUGCUUAGGAGAUAGCGGAUUGGGCAAGCUAAUUGACCAGAUUAGUCCUUGGGCUGAAGCUCGGAAGAUUAGCCUCGAGACAGAUCCAGAAAGAAUGGGGUGA